AUGGCUACUGCAGCAGUGACACCCCUGGCUAGUUCUGUUGAGAAGACAAAUGGAGUCAAGCUCAACAGACUCCUCAUCGAUGGUGGAACUACAGUUCUUAGAAAGGCUUUUGAUCGUUAUCACCCUCCCGCAGGACUGGCUACUGAUCUCAAUACCUACAAACCCCUGUUAAUGAACCUAUUUAGAAAAAAAGUUUUGCGUAAACCUCAGUGGGAAAAACUCUUUCCACCCACCGGAGCCUCGCCAGAUUCAAGCAAAUUUGAUAUAACUCUUCUUUUUGUUCUUUUGACCAACAUUUGUGGACUAACCCCUCCUGGCUUAGAUUGGUACACUAACCCUGCGCCAAGCGACACCUCUUUUGAAGCUAACCUUGCACGCGUUAGGUUCUAUCGCAAUGAAUUGUAUGGUCAUGUGACAACCACUGGUGUAGACUCCCUAAGCUUUGCUUCUCUUUGGGCUGAAAUUAGCCGUGUUCUUGUGAGUCUUGGCCUUGCUAAGGCUGAGGUAGAUCGUCUUAAGUCUGAGAAAUGUUCAGAGCAGCAUUAUAUUGACGUGUUGAUUGAGUGGGCUGAAAGUGAAGAGGCAAUCAAGUCCGAUUUAAAGAAAAUACAUCAGAGCGAAAACAGGUUGCAACAAGCGGUGGACGACGUGCGUCAGACCCAGGUCAAGACUCAUAAGACAAUGGAGGACAUGUACCAGAAUCAGACUAAUACUCAACAAAGCAUUGAAGGAGUUUGUAAGACUGUGGCUGAAGUUCUUCGGACUCAGAUAGAAAAUCAACAAACUCUAGAAGAAGUCCGUCAGACCCAAACAAAAAAUGAGCAGGAAUUGAAAAAAGUUGCAGCAGGUUUUCAAGAAUUAAAUACUAAGGUGGAUAGUAUUAAAGAAGAAGGGGGCAAGGACAGGAAUGAUGAAGUGCUUCAAAACCUUGCCAAGUCCGAAUUCAGAGGAGACAUUGAGUAUUACGUGGAACGAUUUCAAACAGGCACCCGUGAGUGGGUCUUCGACAGAGUUCAAAAAUGGCUGGAUGACAGAGGCUCUCAAAACCGAGUGAUGGUGAUCAGUGGAAAUGCCGGGAUGGGAAAAUCCGUUAUUGCCGCUGUGAUCUGCAAGAGAAUGCAAGAGGCUGGCAGACUGACAGGAAGCCAUUUUUGUAAGUACAAUAAUGUACGUUAUUGCAAGCCGCAGUUGAUGCUUCAUUCUUUGGCCUUCCACUUGUCCACUGCACUACCUGAGUACAAACAAGCUCUUGUAAAACAGCUGUCACGAAAUCUGGGUGCCAAUCUCAACAAUAUGAGUGUAGAAGAGCUGUUUGCACUGCUUUUUAAGGAACCUCUAAGUGCCGUAGGCGAUCCAGGGAGAAACAUGCUCAUUGUAAUAGAUGGCUUGGAUGAAAGUGAGUACCACGGACGAAAUGAUCUUCUUAAUGUGAUUUCACGCCAGUUUUGCCUGCUUCCUAAUUGGAUUCGUUUUCUUGUUACAACGCGUCCAGCCACAAACAUUGCAGAGAAAUUAAAACACUUAAAGCCGUUUGAAUUAAAGCAUGAUGAUCAGAAGAAUUUGGAAGACAUCAGAGUGUUAUUUACAAAGAAACUACAGGACAUGCUCAAACCUGUAGAAGAAGAAGAAGAGUCUGAGCUUCUGGAAAAACUUGUUUUGAAAUCUGAGGGGCUCAUGUUGUAUGCUGGUUUUCUUGUUUUGUUCAUUAAUGAGAAUGCAUCAGCUCUGCACCAGAAAGACCUUGAUGGUAGUUUGCCAUUAGGAAUUUCUUCAGUUUAUGAUUUCUAUUUUAGUCGUCUGCAGGAUGAACUUACACGUAUCGAGGAACUUGACAUUAAAGAAGAACAUUUCCUGAAUUUACUAUCUGCCAUUACUGCAUCAAGAGAACCCUUGCCAGUUGGGUUUGUUUCUAAAGUGUUAGUCCCUGGAAUUAAUUCACCUCUUGCAAGACGUAAAGUGCUUAAAGCUUUAGCCAGUGUAUCCGCACUUCUUCCUAUUUGUGAUGAACGUCUCCAUGUCAUCCACAAGUCGGUGAAAGACUGGCUGACUGACACAUCAUGUUAUGGAGAACAUGAAUUUAUCGUGGAAGAGAAGUAUGGACAUCAAAUACUUGAAGAGCUAUGUAUUGACGAACUUGUCGGUUUGAAACGGAAAGGUGCUGGAAACGCGCAGUUAAGCGCCACUGAGAAGUAUGCCCUGUAUCACGGUGCUCGUCACAUGUUACACUCUGGAGUGGACAUAGAACCACUUAAAGUGGACGAACUGACAAAGGCCUACGUGAUAGAUUUAGAAAUACUUUAUGCCAAAAUUUUAAUGAAUGGCUCAGUGGCAGCCGAAGACCUUCUUUGGCUUGAAAAGACGGGCAUUUCUGCAAUAUUAUCAGAAGAGAGCAAAAGUAUCUUGGAUACAUUGUUGUUUCUAUUGAGAAAGUUCCUGAACAGAUUCACAGACGCUCCUCGUACGUUUCUCCAAACCAUUCUAAACGAGGGAGGGAAAGUGUUGUCCUUUAAAGCGUCGAACCUUUUACAGAACGGGUAUCCUGGAAUACCAUAUAUGGAAAAUCUUCACAAGGAGCCGCAACAGGGAGGCGUUGAAGCUCGAUUUGAAUGUUCAGCUUGUGUGGUCUGUUUGGACGUCUCACCGAAGUUGGAGUAUAUGGUCUGUGAAUGUUCAGACGGAAUGCUUCAGCUAUGGUCACUCCAUACUGGUAGGCGGAUGUGGACACGCCCAGUAAAAGAAAAAAGGUGUUUUAAGAGGGACUAUGAACACGAAGCCUUUCGAAAGUUGCCUUCAGUAGAUGUUGCUUCAUUUUUUCGUUCCGUUGUUUUCCAUCCUAUUAAACAUAUUGUUUUACCUGGGAUUCUCAGUCACGCGUACGGUUUGGAAGGGGAAUUAAAACCACUUUUUCCCAAAAGUGGUUGUAGGUUCUCGGUUUGUUCUAUUUCCGGUGACAAGAGCAAGAUAGUUACGGAUUGCCCUCAGAAUUCUAAGUGCCUUUUCCUUUGGAGUUUAAAAGAUGGUUCAGAGAUUGAUCGGAUAUCCAGAGAUGAAGACAUUUUAUCUUUUGCUUGGUCCCGAGAUGGGAGACUUCUCGCCAUUUCCCAUUCUUCGGGUUUGAUUUGUUUGGUUGAUGUGAUGCAUGAUUUUAUUGAACUGGCCCAAACAACUACCACAAAAGUAUGUGGAAUCCUAAAAUUUUCACCUGAUCAUCAAUCCCUUUUUUGUUGGCAUUGGUACAAGUUCUUUAACCAACAAGUCUAUCGUCUCGAUGUAGAUAUGGACAGCGUCCGCAACACGUAUUCUUUAAACGUUGUUGAAAAUGUCUCUUAUGAUUACCAGAGUUUUGAAUCUUUUGAUGAUUGCGGUUUUUUAUUGGGAGAUAUUGUUGUCUCCAAACAGACAGGCAGUAUGCUUUUUGUUCUUGGAGAAGAAAGUCUGUUGCGCUGCCUGGGUAGAGUAAUCGAAAUGGUGAACAUUUUAAAUGCAAACAAGAGAGUUCGAUGCGUAGCUUCCAAGAUAGCACUGAGUUUGGAUGGCCGUACCGUCUAUGUUUCUAGCUGUGGAACAGUGACCGCUUGGGACUUGGUAAGUGGAAAUCCUCAAGCUGAAAAAAACCUCGAGAUUACGUGGCCGAAAAUUUUCAUUCCCCUGAAAGAAGGUAUCUUAAUUACAACUGGGCCCAAAAUUUUCGAGUUGUGGGAUUACAAACUGUCUGACUGCAUCAAGAGGUGGACUGGCCUCUCUGAUUUUGAACAAGUAAUCCCCAUAUCAGAAGAACUGAUAGCUCUUGUGUUUGAGUUUGAAGUGAAAGUCCUGAAUACAAGCAGUGGGGAAUUCAUUUCCUCAAUCCAAGUUUCACACAGAAGAGUUAUUACGUGCAGCAGUAAAUUUGAGCUGUUAACGGAGAUUUGUGGCUCACUUCAAUUGUUCGAUGGCACAACAGUUGUGUGGCAGAAGGACUGGAGUACUGAUCGCGGCGUUUUCUCUCCUAAGGGCGAGUUGCUUGUCGUUCUGACGUCUCAAGGGCCGCUUGUUUUGGACUCCGUUUCAGGGAAAGGACUAUGUAUUUUGCCUACUUCUGCUAUGGACAUUCUUUGUCAGUUUGUUAGUGACGAGGAGUGUGUUUCUGUGAAUCAUGGUAUUGAAAGUUCUACUGUUCAACUGUUUAAUGUCAGGUCUGGUGACCUUCUGAGUUCAAUGGAGGUGGAAAGCAGAAUAACCUGUUUAGCAGCCUCUUCCAAAAAUGGACUUUUCGCAAUCGGCCUGCUAGACUGCAAACCAAAUUUCAAAGUUAUCAAAGUGCAUUUGCCUCGAAGGACAGUUGGAGGAACUACAGGUGAGCUGUUGGUAAAUGUGACUAUCUUUAAGGCUUUUUUUCUUGUGCUUUAACCCAAAGGUGUCUGUUGUUACUCCUUGUCGUCUUUGUUUUUGUUAUUAUUCAAGCUUGCUUUAGCAGCCAGACUCUAAAAAUGCAAGCGUUCCUUUUUUUUCUCGUGUGUGCGCACGUAAGGGAGUCAUGAUCCCAGGCGUUCCUAGCGUGAACCGUGGAAACUCGGGAUAAGCAUCGCGAGGUGACUGAUAGCCUGCUGCAACGCAGGCUACUUGACUGACAUCAGAAAACGUUUUUCAGAGAGCCAUGCAUUUUUUGUGAAGAAAGCCGUGGAAAGAUUAAUGCGAAAGAUGUCGAGCUUUUCCGGAACGGGUGGGUCCACGAGUUCUAUCACUUGAAAGCGUUGAUUGCUUUGGAACAAGUGAAUACUUCAAUCGUCGAAAGAAGCAGGAUCUUUGUGAGCAAAACUUUGAUGGGGAGGUAAACCGGUGAAGUGUUGUAAACUUUCAUUGUAUGAGUCUUGUGAUGAGCAUGCCGGCGGUUUAUUUUCGACGAUGAUUGAAAUGACACACCAUGUUUAUCACAUUUCUGGUCUUUUUCUCUUGAAUCGAGCCCCUUGCAUUGAUUGUCAUGUAUUUAUACACGCGUACUCAAUCAUUUCAGAAAGAAAUCGUCGAAUACGAUAUAAAUAGUGAAUAUCCUGAAGAAGACUCGACCGUCGAUAAAGUAGGACGUGAAAAUCUUUUAGCGAGGAAACCCGGUGUCCCUAAUCUCCAAGCAAGCUCGACUCAACGCUUAUGAGAGCGUUCUUGUUUAAACUUCGAUUAUUGUUAGUGUUGCAGACUGGAAAGCUAAUGAUUGCUAAAUUGCCCUUUGCGUAAUCUUGGUAAAUGCAAAUGUAGCUGUGAUAGCAAACCCUGAUAGUAAGCGGGACAGUUCACCCAGUCUUACUGGUCCUCAUCAGUUCCUAAACAGCCAUUGGUCAAGCUUGUUUUUUAUCCAUUGAAGAGCUACUUAAAACGACUUUCAUUUCAUGUCUUUUAGGACGAUUGGUAUACCGUGGAAUAGACAGCUGCGCGUAAAGAACUGGAUGUAAACAAAAGGUCAGCAAGGGUUUUCUUUUCUGUCUGUUAGAAAAUAUCCCGUAAAACCAGCUAUUUCUGUCCCGGGCGUGAACGAAAUCGUAGAAUUCCCCUGUGUUUUUCGAGCGAAUGUAUGUAUAUUAUUCCUUUUCGUGUAUGUUUCAAUUUUUUUUUCAUAUGUCCCAAUAUUCCUUUAUUUAAAUAUGCUACAGGUCAGAGAACGUUGGCAGUUAUUGGAGAAACAUUAGAAAAAACGCCUGUGGACAGGCUAGAUUUGAAUUUUUUUGUAGGGACAUUUGAGUCUUAAAUUAAGAGAUCCUAAAACACACUUUUCACCGCAGUCAACACAAUAUUUAUUAUUUAGAUUUUUAACAGCGAAGACAGAGUGAUCCUAGAUGAAGGUGGAACGAAGUGCGAAGGCCAGGCGAAGCAAAUUCAUCCUGCUCUAGUGGCCUGCCCGCCCAGUUGAAUGUCGAUGAACUUGAGAACGUAUCUACACAGAAAAUAGCUGAUGCGAUUUACAGCUCUCUGCAGGAGCCCUUGGAAGAGUACCGGCGGCCUCCGAGGACCACGCUCCUGAGUUUGGUGCGGUAUCAGAACAAGAGUUUUACAAGAAACUUUCCCGCCUAAACCCAGCGAAAGCUAGUUGGCCCAUUCCGAACUCGAUACUGAAGGACCGUUCGGAAUUCCUUGCCAACUCGGUAACUACAAUCCUAAAUGCCUCAUUUAAGGAGCAGUUCUUACCGAACUCGUGGAAACUGGCUGACACGUCGCCUCUUCCUAAGACGAAAUCUGUCAAGGAAAUUAAAAACGAUCUCAGACCGAUAUCGCUCACACCAUGUACCUAUGAGGUUGACGAGGACUUCGUCGUCACCCAGUAAGCGAAACCAGCUGACUGGUCACGCAAGAAUAAGUUUAAAAGUUGGAACUAUAACAAAUCAGUGGCACCCAACGACGGUUUCCUCCUAAAUGCAUUAAAAACACUUUUAUAGGCUAUCCAGAGGAAUUUUGGAUCUCUAGAAAUACAUUCUAAGCGGCGCUAUAAAAUAUGUGUCUGUUUGGUCAUCCUAGGGAAACUUGAGUCUUUUCGAAAUUACAAGGGCUUCAGUAUUAUUUUCCCGAAAAUUUUAGAAGCAAUUCGACGUAUUACGAACGUGAUGAUUUUUCUGAUUCCUCCAUCACGUUUUCGAUUCCGAAAAUUUUAGGUUUCCUGUUGUGAAAGAAAAAUAGCCUAACCUGGGCAGUGAAAUGUGAAAUUUAAACUUCAGAAAAUCGUACGAGUUUAUUACAUAAGCAUCGAAAAUUGUACAUGAAUGGAACGAUCAUUUAUAAAUUUUUAGCUGUCCUUAAGCUAUAGAAAAUUAUACAUCUUGCUGUACGGGUUAGUGAGUAGUAUCGUGGGACAUUUUUACGAGUCACGCUGUAUUUUGGCAAGCCCGUUAGACGAGUCAAAAUACAAGAGACGAGAAAAAUAUUCCUCGAUACUACACACUAAACCGUUCAAUAAGAGAUUUAUUAUUCAACUCGAGGAAUAUAAAAUAGAACUCAGUAUAAAUGUGUACUCUUGCCUACUUAUGACGAGAUGGCGUGACAGACUAACGUGAGUCGAGUUUUCGUGCGCUUUCAUCAACGCUGUUGCUGAUUGGUCAGAAAUGAAAACUUGUUAAACUAGUUUACUCAGGGUGCUUUCCGUUAUGCCAAAAUGUCCGGAAAUUUCGGUCCAAACGUAAAUGGAAUGGUUCGGACAAGGUGGAAAUUUUCCGGUCAAAGUGGUCCACCUCCAGAGGUGGGGGGGGGGGAGGCAAUAAAGGAGGUCCCCUUCCCGUCUUUGCUCCCCCGCCGUCGUACUAUGACCCCUGGGAGAGCUUCCUCGCAGGCUAUGGACCGGUAGAAGAAAUCUUAAUGGGACAACCUCGUUCCCAGGUUUUCUACCUACACGUCUCUCUCUCACUCCGUCGGGUGGGGGAGGGGGUUAGUAGGUGGGUAGGAGAGAACCCUGGGAACGAGAUUGUUCAAUGGACCUUAAGCAACGACGACGACAACGUCAAAAAACAAUUUAGUCCGGCAGCUUAGCUAGAAAUUUUUAGUGAAUUGUGCACUUUUAGAUACAAGCAUGAAUUUUGGCACACCGAUAGUAGUCACCAAUACAAGCAUUUUCAGGUAUAGUGCCAAGCCGGUAGUAGGUCCCCAUAGAAACCACAAUGUAUUAAAUUUCAUAAAAAUUAGUGAAUUAAAUUCAUUAAAUUGUUGUCCUAGUUUAUCAAGACAUAGAAUCAUUUCACUCAGUCAUCCAACCUGUUUACCACGUACAUCUUGUUUAUAACACGCCGUUUGACCUUAACUAUGCGUUGCCAUGGCAACGGUAAGCAAAGGAAAACUAAAAGCACGACGGCUGAAUAAAUUGAUUAUUAUAUGUGAUACAACUAAUAUCUUUAAACGUAGCUUUGCUACCUAAUAGAUUUCACAUUUUCGUUACGGAAUAAACUUACGGUUCUCUACUCAUUUGCCACUGUGCUUCCCGCACUGCCCAUAACAAUACAACACAAUACAAUAAGAGUUUAUUGUGAAAAUACACUUAGCUACAAUAAUGGUGUGCUAUCACAGACGGAACCGAAAUCGGGGUCUGUGAAAGCACGCCAGCUAAUUUACAGGUAUUCCACAAACACAAUAAAAUUAAGAGUUAAAAAACUAGAUAUGGAAUAUUCUAUAAUUAAAAUUAUAACAAUAAAAUCUUAAUAAGUAUAUCUUAUAUCUAAAUAAAUACUAAAUUCAAUAAAAAAAGCGUCGAAAUUAUAAAAAUUGCACUAGGUCAACUUGGCUAAUGGAUCUCUUAAAAGACUUAAAAUUCGUUAUAUUUCUAAACAUGUUCGGAAUUGAAUUCCAGAGUUUCGGACCAAUAUAACGGACUGAGUUCAAGCCAUAUGUAGUAGACUUUGGCUUGGGUAGCGAGAGGAUAUAGUCACCUCUUAAAUUGUAGCUAACGUUCUUCCUAUGAACUAUCAGGUCUUGUAUACUUUUGGGCGCUAAAGAAUUGUGGACGGCAUUAAAAAUAGACAGUGUGAUUUUAAUUAAUCUUCGUUGUUUUAAAGAUGACAGGCCUAAUGCGUUGAGAAGUUCCGAAUAGCUUUUGUACUUAUCCCUGAAAACAAACCUAAUCGCGCGCUCAUUUAACCUUUCCACUUUGUCUGCAGCACUUUUACUACAAAAAUUCCAGGUUUCACUGCAAUAAUUGAAGUGAGGAAGGAUAAAUGCUAAAUAUAGGUCGCGCCUUGUUUCGAAGGGAAGCAUUUUCUUCAUUCUUUUAAGAACAGCUAUUUGCUGUGAAACUUUCCUACAUAUUUUAGCAACAUGAUUGUCAAACUUCAGUUUGUUAUCUAUCGUUAUGCCAAGCAUCUCAAAUUCUUUAGUCACUGGGAUACUGGAAUUUUCACACUUGAAAUCAAGUGUGGCGUCAGAUUUUCCCAUCACAAUAGCUUGAUACUUAGAAUUGUUCCUUUUCAGACCGUUCUCAUCAUACCAUUUAUCAACAAGCUCGAGAUCAGAGUUUAUAGCACUCUCAACUUCUCUAUAGUCAUUAUGAGCAAAGAAAAUUUGCGUGUCGUCUGCGUAGCUAGAGAGUUUACAUCUUUUCACGACGAACAGGAGAUCAUUGAUGAAAAUAUUAAAUAUCAAAGGCCCGAGGAUUGAUCCUUGGGCAAUCCCUCUGGAAAUAUAAUUCCAGCUCGAAUAUUCUCCAGCUACUUUCACUCGUUGUUGGCGAUCAGAGAAAUAAUCCUCAAUGAUAUUAGCAGUUCUCUCGUCAGCACCAUAUUCUUUGAACUUCUUCACAAUGAGAUCGUGUGGUAGAGAGUCGAAGGCCUUCGACAAGUCCAUAGACACAAGGCCAAUUAUUUUCCGAUCGUCCAGAUGGCCGCCGGGAAACAGAGCUUCUACAGAAACAUGAUUAAAAUGACGUUGAUCGAAAGAAAACGUUAUUGAAAUUUUCCUUAACAGUUUUUUUUCUAGCUCAGAUGAGUCUCAAAUUGUUGGAAAUGUGCCUUACGUAAGCGGUAUGGGUGUUGCUGAGUUAAACUUCCUCACCAAGGCCUUCGAUAGUGGAUGUUGUGCUGAACCAUUUUCAUGACUUUUGAGCUUCAUCUUUAUCACAUUAUGUACUAAUUGCUGUAUCUCGAUGUAAAUUCCAUAAAAUCGAAUUUUUCAAUGCUUUCUUCAACCUUCCACGUAAAUGCCGCUUUGAAACUCACCCCAAUCCUCCCUCAAAAUUCGCAAGAAAUGCAGGUGGUGCGCACUAUCUGCAGCUCUACCAGUGACCCUUAUUUUUCUUCAUUAUUUUAAUAAUAACAGUUCUUCCUUUUAAUGGCAAUUCUAUGACCAGCGGAGAAGGAAGCAGCAUCACACACUGUUAAGGCAUGGAACACAAGGAGAAAUGUCGAGUUAGAUGGACCAAAGGCUUUUGGAAAGAGUGUGGGUAGGAUAUUCCCUGUCCCAUGACUGUAGCGGCAAAUUUUGAAGACUUGAAAUAAUCAAAAAAACACUGCUUUUGGUCGGAAUCAAAAAUUUUUUGGUCGGAAUGAAAAAAUUUUUUACCGGGAAACGUUAUUGCCUUAUGUGAGAUUCGGAUGAGAAAAUAAAAAAUUCGUUAAGAAAAAAAUUCGUCAAGAAAAAUAACUUCGCGGGGGGUCUCGGGUGUGAAAUUUGAUUCGCUGCUAACUAGAAAACUCCCUACCAUUUGAUAUACUUGAAGCCUGAAAAAGGUACCCCUUUCGGGCGGAGCCUCCCCCUAUAGGCCAUUUUGACUGUAGUGACAAAUAAAAAAUCUUUUUAAUAGGUUUACAGAUUCAUCUGGCUUUGAACAUGUAUUUGUGGGGGAGUCACAGAAAAAAAAGGCUAAUGUGGCUGGCUUCCAUAACUGGAUUCAAUUCUACCUGCAAGAGAAAAAAGGCUUGCUCGACUAUAAAGGCUUCUAUCCAAGUCGGAGAGUAAGUAUUUAAAUGUCACUACAAAACUGUACCAUUCUCUGUUCACGUCAUGAUAGCUAAUCUCUCAUUGUAGUAUAUUCAAGGAUAAGGACAUUAAAAAAAAGUCGUACCCCUAUGUGCGACCACCUCUCGUAAGCGACGACUUAUCCAAAACACCAACAUUUUCCGAGUCAAAGCCUUACAAUACAUCACUUAGGUGUCAUUUACGGAUAUAUUCAUGUUCAAUUCGAUAAUUCAUAUAUUUUUAGUUAGCUUUAAUAGUUUGUAAUGCGCAUUUGAUCAUUUAUAUGUUAAUUUGCGCAAUACCAAAUAAUAAAUAUUAUUAUUAUUAUUAUUAUUAUUAUUAUUGUUACAGAUGAGACUCUCGUAAACGACCACCAUUUGUAAGCGUAUGAGAAGAAAUUUUAGAAACAACAUAGAUUUACAUAUACAUAUAUUGUAACAGCUACAACGUGCAUGCAAUACGUUCUGUCCAAAAACUCGAGGUCGGUUCGGGCUUCUCCCCGCAGAAGACUCCAUGCAGUUCCACUCUCGUAAGUGACCACCUCCCAUAAGCGACCACUGCUUAUUUUGGGUCGUCGCUUACGGGACGUUCGACUAUACAGAAAAUAUGAACUUUGUGUAAAUGACGACUUUUAAAUGUUGAUGUAAAAUGUUUUUGUAAACUUGAAGCUCUCUUCCCUCAGUAAGUAUAGUCUGUCUAGUAUUUAAGUGAAUCAAACUGUAUCUAUAGUCUCUUUAAUUCCAGAUUGAUGGUACUUUUCAUGGUGAUGCCUAAAAUUUGUCCCAAAAAUGUUCAGAAAACUUUAAUUCUUAGCCAAAUGUUAAUUUUUUCAUACUCUUUCCGGACAAUUUCUCAUUACAUGGUCAUUUUGGUGAAUAGCUAAUACUGCAUUUUAUUUCAUGCCUAAACUUAAUAGCAUUAGGUAAGACAUGAAAUCAUAGCUGUGGAAAUCUGUCAGGGGCACCCAAAGACGGUUUCCUCCUUAAUACGUUGAAAACACUUUGAGGCUUUCCAGAGUACUUUAAGAUUUCCAGAGAUGCAUUCUUAGCGGCGCUAAAGCAUUUGUAUCUGUUCUGUCAUCCUGGGGGAACUUGAGUCUUUUGGAAAUUGCAAGGGCUUCAGUAUUAUUUUCCCGAAAAUUUUAGAUGCAAUUUAACAUAUUACGAAAGCGAGAAGUUUUCUGAUUCCUUUCUCCAUCACAUUUUUGAAUCCAAAAAUUUUAGGAUUCGUUUUUUGUCCGAAAAAUAUCCUAAUCCGGGCAGUGAAAUGUGAAAAAUUAAAGGUUCAGAAAAUCAUAGGGAAUUUAUUAUGUAGAUAAGCUUCGAAAUUGUAACUGAAUGGAAUGGUCAUCUAGAAAUUAUUAGCCGUCCGCAAGAAAUAGAAAUUAAAAAUUAUUCUUGGCAAUAUUCGCUUCUCCGAACAGAUGUUUUACGGAAAACAGUCGUUGGGUGCCCCUGAUCUGUUACUUGUAGUGGUUUUUGCAAUAAUAUUAAAAACAGUAAUAAUACAACUCAAUUGUCUUGUGUUUUUCUGGCAGGAAAAGCACAUAACUAGUGAAGAUUGGAGCAUGAAUAAGCCGCUUACUGUGCGGUUCAAUUGGAAAGGUGAUUUAAAACGGAUUGGCGGCAGCUUCAUUGGUACUAGCCCUGAAUUUGAAAUGGCGCUGUGUACAGUUUGUUUCCUGGCUCGGGAAGGAGAUGGGCGUAUCGACCGUAUUGAGCUUGAUGACUACGAUGUUAUUGUCAAAGCUCAUCGCUUUGGAGCAAACUUACUGAGUACCUGCUAUCCGAUUAAUAAGUGA